CAUACUUUCAAGUUCCUCUUGUUAAAUAAUACCAACACUUAAUAAAUUUGUGUAGAAAAUUCAACCAAAAUCACUUUCUAUUCAAGAAACCAAAAACCAAAAAGAAAUGGCUGGAAAAAGCAUUAUAUUUGUUGUUGAAACCAUUAUUAUAACCAUUUUCCUCUUCAAUAAUAUUGUUGGAGUUUUUUCUGAUGAUUCAGUGUCGAUACCAGCUGAUAAGUCACAAUUAAAUAGCUGGUUUGAUGCAAAUGUUAAGCCUUUAGAUGCAAGAAAGGACACUUUGGACCCUGCCCUUGUAGCUGCUGAGGCUAAUAGGACUAUCAUUAAGGUGAUGGCAGAUGGAAGUGGUGAUUUUAAGACACUGACGGAUGCCAUUAAUAGCAUUCCAGAAGGGAAUAAAAGAAGAGUUAUUAUUUCAAUUGGAGGAGGAAAUUACACAGAAAAAGUCAAAAUUGAGAGGACAAAGCCUUUCAUUACAUUAUAUGGAGACCCUAAGAAUGUGCCAAAUAUUAUCUUUAAUGGAACUGCAAAAGAAUAUAAUACUGUCAAUAGUGCUACCGUGGUCGUUGAAUCUGAAUACUUCAGUGCUGUUAAUAUCAACUUUGUGAAUUCAGCACCAAGACCAGAUGGGAAAAGGGAAUUAGCUCAAGCUGCAGCAUUGAGGACAGGAGGAGACAAAGCCUCUUUGUAUAACUGUAAAAUGUAUGGAUUUCAAGACACUUUUUGCGAUGAUAGCGGCAAACAUUUCUUUAAAGAUUGUUACAUUGAAGGCACCGUUGAUUUCAUCUUUGGCAAUGGCAAAUCCUUAUAUCUGAACACAGAGAUGCAUGUAAUUCCAGGGGAACCAAUGGCAAUGAUCACAGCUCAUGCAAGGAGUGCAGACAAUGUUGACAGUGGAUAUUCUUUUGUGCAUUGCACGGUGACUGGAACAGGAAAAACAACAUAUUUGGGAAGAGCAUGGAAGCCUUUCUCUAAAGUUGUUUUCUCAUACACUGAUAUGAGUGAUGUUGUUCAUCCUGAAGGAUGGUCUGAUUUUGGCAAAAAGGAGUAUGACAGUUCGGUGUUUUAUGGAGAAUACAACAACAAAGGAGCUGGAGCAACUAUGAAUGGUAGAGUUGGAUAUAUGAAGAAAUUAAAUGAUGAAGAGGCAAAACCUUUUAUUUCCCUUGCUUAUAUUGAAGGCUCCAAGUGGCUGCUUCCACCUGUCACACUAUAGAAAUAUUAGAAAAUUACAAGGACAUAUUAAUGGUCCUACCAAAUUUUUUACUUUAUUUUAUUGUUUUCUUUUUAUUUUAUUAAUUUCUCACUUUUUCAUGUAGCCCAUUAUCCCAACUAAUAUGGGAUUGAGGCGCAGUUGUGGUUUUCCAAUUUAUGGGUUUCAACUAGUUGAGGUUGAAAUUUAGUUAGUGUUCCCCCUUUUUAUGUAAACUCUUUGUUAAAAGUAACAGGAAUGGGCAAUUUGCACGAUUUCCUUUCAUACC